AUGGGGCACUUUAUCGAUGAUGAUCCUGUCUCUUUCUGUUUCGCAGUAACAACCCCUCUGUUAAAAAAGAUCUCACACUGAUUCCAGCUGCUUAUCAUCACCGGAACAUUAGUCUCGUUUCUUGUUAUCAUCACUGGUGGUUAUCUAUACGUUGUUCCUAACAAUGACGCAUUGCAGUUUAAUACCUCUGUUACGGAUAGUAAAGAAUGUGACAUAUUCGAUGGGAACUGGGUGGUUGAUAUGAUGAGUGAUGACUACCCUUUGUAUAACGCGUCAGAAUGUCCAUUUUUUCACUGCUUAGGGAACGGGCGUGGACACGAGGAGUAUUUGAAGUGGAGAUGGAAGCCUAAGCAUUGUCAUGUCCCGAGGUUCCAAGUGCGUGAUGUGUUGGAGAGGUUGAGAAGCAAAAGGAUAGUUUUUGUUGGAGAUUCUUUGAGCAGAACGCAGUGGGAGUCUUUGAUAUGUAUGUUUAUCAUGGGGUUGGAUGAUAAGAGUAGUGUUUAUGAAGUCAAUGGGAACAAUAUAACCAAAACGAUACGGUUUUUGGGUGUGAGGUUUGGUUCUUUUAAUCUUAAAGUUGAGUUCUACAGAUAGGUCUUCUUGGUUCAGCAUGGGAGGUUGCAUUGGCACGCGCCUAAACGUGUUAAGUCGACGUUAAAGUUAGACGUUUUAGAUGUUAUCAACCAGGAGUGGAGCUCAGCGGAUUAUCUUAUUUUCAAUACUGGUCAAUGGUAGGUGCCUGGGAAGCUUUUUGAAACUGGUUGUUACUUUCAGGUUGGAAACUCAUUGAGGCUUGGAAUGUCGAUUCCUGCAGCGUAUAGAGUAGCAUUAAAGACAUGGGCGUCAUGGAUAAUGACUACAAUUGAUCCAAACAAAACACAUGUGUUAAUUCGCACGUUUGAGCUAUCGCAUUGGGGAUACAAAGCCAAACUCACUUAGCUCUUACCCCUUCUUGUUCUGCUUUUUCUUUGAUUUAAGUUUCUUCUUGUUGUGGUGUAGUGAUCAUAGAGCAUGCAAUGUGACAAAGUAUCCAGCCCCAGACACUGAAGGAAAGAGAUAGAAGCAUAUUCUCUGAAAUGACCAAAGAAGUAGUCAAGAACAUGACGGUUACGGUUUUGGAUGUAACUUCGAUGUCACCUAUUAGAAGCGAUGGUCAUGUCGGUUUAUGGAGUGAUAACCCGUUGGUACCUGAUUGUAGUCAUUGGUGUGUCUACCUGGAGUUCCCAAUAUCUGGAAUGAAAUCUUGCUCUUCUUCCUCUUUAGACAACAAGUAUAAUAACCUGACUCUCUUCAGGGGGACCUAACCUAACAGGGGUUACAAGUUUUGGUUAAGGUUACACAAAAGUGAUUCUUACUUCAUUCUUUCAUUGUUUCUUCCUUAAUUGUAUUAUUAAUUGAUUCGAAGAGGUUUUGUUCAAAGCUAAAACAGUACUCUUAUGGUGUAAAAUGAUUUGAUUACAAAAAAUAAAAGAGACACAAAUAAUGACAAACGAGCAAAGUGUUGUCUUUUUUUGGGUGAGAAAGA